CUUCCUACUUUCCAAAUUAUGAAUAAGCGAAUAUCAGCUUGAGAAACACACCAGAUGGCGAUGGCCGAUCAGUAUAUAGCAGCCCAAGCAUCACUGCAAAGGCACAGUCUUCCAAUUCUUUGCAAGCAAUCAACUCUUCAAACGUUUCUCCGAUGUCAACAAUGCACAAUAUCAAUAUUGUUCGUUCCUUCUGUUUCGUGGUACUGCUAGCGACAUUCGCCAUGACAUGGCCAAUGGGACAGAAUGGUAAUGAUGAAAGCUCAAGCCUCAAUCCGCAAAACGACAUUCGUUCUCUGGUCGAGCCGUUUGAUUCGGGCGAUUUUUGCAACUAUCAGGCUAUUUUUAUAGGCAACUGCAUCGAUGGCGGCAAAAUCUAUUGUAAAACCGGUUGCAAAUAUCAUGGCUGCCCGUUCCAUAGCUGCAUUGAUCUUCCUGAUUCACCUGCUCGUUACAACUGCACUUGCUACGAACCAUAAGCCAGCUCUUUCAUUCAAUCAGCCAAAGUUUUCUCCAACAGCCACUUGGAAUUCCAAUGGAAUUACUUUUGCUAAUCGAUCGAUUGUUGGUCAAGCUCUUAUGGCCGUUUUUGUGAACACAAACAACACAAUCUACGUUGCUAAUAAAGAAAACAACACAAUUGUAAUAUGGCAAGAAGAUAGUGUCAAUCCAACAAAGACCAUUCACGGUAAUUUUACAGGAUCUCGAUCUCUCUUCGUGACAUCAAAUGGUGAUAUUUAUAUUGAUGAUGGCGAGAAAAAUCGUCGAGUACAGAAAUGGAGUGCAGAAACAAAUACUUUUGUCACAGUGAUGAACAUCAACUCAUCAUGUUGGGGUUUGUUUGUUCACAUCAGUGAUACUCUUUAUUGUUCAAUGCCUGAUCAUCAUCAGGUAGUGAAAAGAUCAUUAAAUGAAUCUGUGAUGACUUCAAAUCAUGUUACUGCUGGAACAGGUAUUGAAGGAUCAGCUUCGAAUCAACUUGCUAGUCCUAGUGGAAUCUUUAUUGAUGUGAAUCUGGAUUUAUAUGUGGCAGAUUGUGAAAAUCAUCGAGUUCAGUUGUUUCACUCUGGAGAAUCAAAUGGUAUCACAGUAGCUGGAUAUGCAUCACUAUAUCCAACAAUUACACUUAAUUGUCCAACUGGAAUUGUAUUAGAUGCUGAGAAAUAUUUAUUCAUUGUGGAUCGUAACUAUCAUCGCAUUGUUGGUUCAAGCUUGGAUGGUUUUCGAUGUUUUGUUGGAUGUUAUGGAGUGGGCUCACGAUCGAAUCAAUUGCGAAAUCCAUUUAGUCUGAGUUUCGAUCGUUCUGGAAACAUGUUUGUUACUGAUUCAUUUAAUAAUCGAAUUCAAAAAUUUUUUUUGAUGAAAGAUUCUUUUGGUAAGUUCAAAAAAAGUUGA